AUGGCGUCCAAUGACCCCUCCAGGAAACACCUUUUCUUCCUUUUAGCAAUCUGCCCAUUCUUGGGUAUCGGCGCUAUCAUGGUGCUUGUGCUCAAAUGCGCUGCCGUUCACCCUCGCAAGGAGUUUAUGAGCCAGAAUCAAAAUCAGAACCAGAAUCAGAAUCGAACUGACAUCUAUACCGGGGUCUUUUACAAAACUGACAUCUCGGUGCCCACCUUUCCAGUUCAUCUCGACGACGGAGCUACAGGGCCUACGAUCGCAACUGGUGCUCUCAGCUUGGUUCUUUCGCUAGCCGCCGGGUUGUUUGCAUCGGUAUCUGUUUACAAGGGGCCCCUCUGGAUAUCCCCUCGCACUCGCCUUUUCGUCCUAUUUACCUUACUGGCUUACUACCUCCUCAUUGCCGCAACCAUCAUACAUACCUUCCUUAUCCACCACCUAUCCGCCCACUUUGAUCCCAGCCAUUCCAUUAAUCCAUACGACCGGGGGACUUUCGACCCAGAAACAUGGACCUGCGAGACAUACACCUACCAGUACGCCAUGGGCCAAGAUAUCAACUUCCUCCACCGUCAAUGCACCUUCGAGAUGGCUAGCAGGUGGACAUCGCUCAGCUUGCUCUUGGUCUCCAUACCGUUUGGGGCAACGGUAGUGUGGGCGAUGGUCGCCGAAAGCGCAAUUCUGAGGGCAGAAGCUAUUGCCAAAACAGAGGCUAUCGCUAAAGCCAGACGCAAGGCAAGCUGGCCUGUGGAUGCGGUUUCUCCCCGGUUUGAUACUAAAUCUGUGUUUGAUGUUCGAUCGGGGUAUGACUGUCCUUCAAUGUAUUCUCGAUGA